AUGAGAUGCACUCAUCACUUGAACUACACCAAAAUGGCUCGUAAAACGUUAGCGGAACAAAUCGCGCUGCUAGGCCAAGCAAAAACCGACUAUGAUAUCGAAAACAAUGAAUUGGAAAAUAACUUCGACCAGAGUGGGAGCGAUGUCCUGGAUCAAUCUGACGAUGAACAGGCUCGUGAUCAUUACGUGAAGGUUUCCAAAUCUAAGCUUCGGAAACCAACCUCUGCAAUCAGAGGCAAGAAAUACAAUGGAGAAGUUAUAAGCAGAGACGAUUUAUACAACGAUGCAGACGAGGGCCACGACGAUUCUGACAAUGAGAUUAGCCAAGAUGAAAGUGAAGAAGAUGAAGAGGACGGAGAAGGAGAAUUAGAAGACGAUGUAUCAGGCGAAGAAUCUGAUUCCGGGGCCUCUCUUCGAUCCAAUAGUGAUGAGGAGGCUGAGGAUAGCCAGGAGGAGGCUCUGGAGGAAGAAGAAGACGUUUCUGCAGACGCCAAAAGAUCCAGAAUCAAGCAGAUUCUUGCACAUGAAAGAAAGCACAUCGUAAACAGACUUUCUGAGUCUGCCACAAACGAUGCUUUAAAAGGAUACGCUGUCCUUCAACAGCAAAAGGAGUUCGACUCGCUUAUAGACCUGCGGUUGAAAAUUCAAAAAGCCUUGACUUCAUCUAAUUUAUUGCCCAUCGACAAAGAGACUUUGGAAAAUACCGAUUUGCAGUCCAAGAAGUCUUCCAAGUAUAUUCAAGAGGCCACAGACAAAUGUUUCGACUUAUUGGAUACCAUAUUUGCCUUGAGAAGUCAGCUAUAUACCAAGGAAAAGAUCGUUCUGGAAGAGCUUGUGGCUAAACCUGCAAAACGAACUUUGGCCGACUACAUGAAUGCCACUGUCAAGUAUGAUGGUGUUUUGAACAAAUACAGAGGGUCUGUUUUGACGAAAUGGCUGGCCAAAAUCCAAAACUCUUCCGGUUCCAGCGCAAUGAACGCCAACAAGUUUAAGGCUUUGAACCAGUCCGCUGAGCAACAAGUGACAAACAACUUGUAUGAUAUGGAUAGACUUUUGAAGAGAACCAAGCUCAACAGAAGACAAAUCAAGCCACUUGGCCACGAGUACAACGAACAACAAAACGCAACCAACGCGGAAGAUGAAAGAGGUGAAGAGGAAGAAGAGGAAUACGAAAAAAACGCAAAGCCAACAAGAAGCGUCAACUUCCAGGAAAUGGAUCUGAUUUUCGACGACGAAGACUUCUAUCGUGUUCUUCUCAACGAUCUUGUUGAUAAGAAAAUCCAAUCAGCAGAUCCAACUUCAGGUUUGCAAUUUGCCUUGAAGGGAGCAGCUUCGACUAAAUUGAAGAAGAACGUUGACAACAAAGCAUCUAAGGGCCGGAAGUUGAGAUAUCACGUACAAGAGAAGAUUGCCAACUUUGACAGUCCUCGGCCAUGGUUGAAAUGGAACGACUCACAGGUGGACGAGUUCUUUGCAUCGCUUUUAGGCCAAAAGAUUAGCAUGAGGGAAGACAGUUCCGAGGAUGAGGACGAGGAUGAUGAGGAUGAAGAGGAAGUCAUUGCUGCCGACAGUGGCAUCAAAUUGUUUGGUUAA